GAGAUAAUAAGACAAAAAAUUAUUUACAUUUAGCUGUGCUUGAUUGUAUCCAGUUAUUGAGCAUGAAUGCAUGAAACUGUUAACAUCUCUUUUGGUACGAAGCAAUUCUCCUUCCCCAAAAUAACUCUUAUAUUUUCUUUUCUAUAUUCUCCUUCAAAAUUCCCUUCUUGUGCCUAGUAGCAAUUUAUCCACAUUUGCGCCUUAUUGAAGAACGAUAGCGUUUAUGAGUUUCCUUGCAAACUAUAAUCGGUUUGUACGGAUGGCAAAUACGAAUCGUUAAUAAAGCGUUGGUCACGAUCGUCGACAAUCAUAGGUCUCUGAUCAUUAAAUUCGCGCGGAUAUAACAAUUACUCAUUGGCGAAAACGAUUAGCGAUCGACUAUUAGUGAGCAGUGGUGCAUAGGCAAGUGAAAUCUGCAUUUUUGAGAGUUUCUAAGAGCUUUAUUUAAAAAUUUAUUUAAAAAAUGUAUUGUAUGUUCUUAAUAUAAUAAAACAUAUAUAGUAAUGUGUCUGUGUGUCGAUAUACAUAAUAACUACGAUAAUUACAAAUUUUAACAAUGAUUAAGUUCCCCCAACAAUUUUUCUUUUGAAGUAUAUAGAACUGAUAAUGAAUGAACAUUGUUGCAAAACAUUUUGAAAGUGUCUUUUAAAUAUUUCGAAAUCUAUGGACGUAUAAAUAUUAUUAUGAAUAAGAAAUGAUCGAAGAACGACAAAAUUGCAUUCAUGAAACUUCUUUUAGGCACCACUGAGCGAUUCUUUGUUCUCGUUAGAAAGCACAAGAUCGUGAUAUGGCUAACAACGGACGAUAUUGCCGUCUAGUGCAACACCAUAAAAUCAUGUAACAAAUCCACGACUUGUUUCAGUCUCGCAGCGAAAUCAUGAUCAUCAGCAUAGCAAUUUUGUUACUUGCAAGAAGAGCCUUCUCUUCCUUAUUAUUUCAAGAACCGAUAUCGUCAUUUAAUAAAGACACGGUGUCGAUUAAUCUGCAUGCUAAUAAAUUGAGUGCAGAUAAUCUUAAUGAGUUGUUUGGAAAAUUUAGAGAAGCACUUUUAAGAGGACAAAUCCACCUCAUGAUCGAUAUCGGAGAGAAAGGUGUUGAUGUUCAACGGAAAAUGAUAGAGGUUGAUGACAGCACUGAUAAUAAAGAAAAUAACCUUGAAAUGGAUCACCUCGAUGACUUUGAUAGAAUGAGUGCAAUAAAUGCUGCAGAAUUUGAGUACAUACAUAUGGCGAAUUAUCCUAUAAGCACAAGAAGACUUAUGUUGAAGGAAAUGGUUGAUGAUAUCAGUAACAUUUUGCGGCACAUGACACUGAUGCAAAAAUAUAACGUCAAAAACGAGAAGUUGAUUUAUCAGAAUUUAUUUCGUAAAGAAGGUUUACAUCAUAGAGUUCUUUCUAUAGGACAUCAAAAUUCCCUGAAUCUUAAUCAAAUACUUAAGCAACAUGAAUUUCCUCAGACCUUUUUCAAUGACAAAUUUGCCUUUCAAACGGGUAGGCAGGAUUUAAACAGCGAGCUAAAGAUAUUCUUCGAGUAUGCUAAGUCAGUUCAAGAUAAUUUGUUAUGGUUAAGCAAAUUACUUGAUGCAAAACGUCAUGAACUGCGUCACGUUUUCGAUGACAUCAUAAGAUGGAAACUCUUAAAUUUACAGAAACAAGCACAAUUUCUUUUAGAAAAUUUAAUUGAAAAAGAAAAACGUUCUAUGAAAACGAAAAACAACAAGUAUCAUGAUUUUCUAAAAGAUAAAAGUAUGAAUACUGUCACAAAUAUUAAGAACAUUGAGUUUGGAAAAGCAAUAACAUUAAAUAAGAAAGAUAAAGAAAAUUUUAACAAAACUGAUAAGGCAAUAUUAUUGACCAAAGAAAUUGAAUCUAGUUUUAAUGAGAUUUAUAAUAAAACUCGGACAAUGAAUAAAAAUAUAAUGAAUAAUCGGAUUGCGCCUAAAACAGAAAUGCAAAUUUUGAGUUAUUCUGAAUUAUUAAAAAAUUUAAAUAGACCUAAUUCUAAACAUAAGAAUUUUGCCAUCAAAGCUGAUUCUGCCAAUGAAGAAUUUAUAGUUGAGAAAUUUACUGAAACUGCAGAUAAUCCAACUACUAAUGAUACUUAUAUUCAGAAAAAAGAAAUAUUUCACGAUAAAAAUUUUUUCACAAUUAAAACUGGUUCCAUUGAUAAACGAAUCUUUUUAAAAGAAAUAAUUCCAAAAGAAUCGAGAACUUUUAAAAAUAAAUUAAUCAACCUUGAAGAUCGUCGGAACUGGUUUAGCCAAUUGAAGAAUAUAUCAUCUUUACCAAGCAAAAACAUAACCACUUUAACAAAGGAUCAGAAACAAGUUGGAACAAUGUUGCUCGAAUCUUUAAUGAGUAAUAUAACAAACAUUCCGACAAGUCUUUCUCGAAGAACACUGCAAUUCCUCGUCCCACGGAAUAAAAAUGAAGCUCAAAAACAAAAAGAUUAUCAUUAUAUAAUAAGGAAAAAUAAUGAUACUAACUAUCGCGGCGAUACUAAUCUAAAGCUACAGAGAAAAACGUCAACAAUGGACGAGAUUCUAGAAGCAGUAGAUGGAAUCUUGCCGACACGGAAUCCGGCGAAGAUGUCGGCAACAAAAUUAAAACUACUUUCUGAAUUAUCUUGAUAUCAGAUACAUUGAAGAGAAUCUUGCAAAAUCGUUCAAGAUCUUCUAUAUGAUGAUGAUAAACUUACACGUGCAUGAUUGCAGCAAUUAAACAGAUGUUUAAUGCAUCAGUAUUUCCAUAUUACCAUUAAAUUUUCAAAUGUGCAAAUAACUUUUUUUCAUAAAUAAGUAGGACAAAGAUCAAAACAUCGAGUUUUUGCUAUUUGAGAAUUAAUUGCAUAUAUGCAGAUGUGUUCACGUACAAAUAUUACUUUAAAAUGAAAAAUAGAUUAAGGUCGACUAUCGCAAAGUAGUUAUUUUAUAAAAGCAAGAAAUAAUACAAAUGAUACAAUGUAAAAAUUCUAUUGCGUUUUAUACAGCUUUAUUUUUCAAUUUUCUCGCAUAAAAAUAAUAUUUUUAUAAUCUCAAAACCUGUAAAAUGUGUCGAAAACUCUGACUUCUGUCCCACAUAUUCCGUACAACGGUAAAAUAAUCGUAAGAUUGUAGAACUGUGAAAUAAAAUCCCGAAAUAAAGAUAAUUUUUCAGCUGUCACGGCGGUUUUGACAGCCAAAAUUAUAAGAUUUAAUAUCUCAAUUUUAACACUGGCAUAUAUCAUUAAAAUAAACUUUUCGACACAUUUCGUAUUUCUGAAGAGAUAAUAUUGACUUCAGAUUUAUGUAUUGUAGAAACAGUUGUAUUUUUUACUGUUACGGAAUAAAGCUAUAGCAAAGAU